GUGUAUAGCUCGGAUGUAGAAACAGUCGUAAGUCGUUUCGUUAUGUCGCAAAUCAAAACAGAUAACCACGCAUGCGUAAACGUUUCUAUGGUUACCUGGACGCUGUAGAGCUUUUUAAUUUCAGUAUGUCAAAAGGUAAGUUGACCAAGGCCCAGAAGGCGAAGCAGCAGCAAGAGGAGGAGGAGAGGAGGCUGCGUGAGGAAGAGGAAGCACAGCUGCAAGCAGAGAAAGAGGAGCAGGAGAGGUUGGAAAGAGAGAGGAAGGACAAAGAGCUAGAAAGGCUUGAGUUAAAGGACCUCGAGCGCAGAGAAGUUGAGCUGAACGAACUCCGCCAUCUGCUGGAGGAGAAUCAUACUGCAGUAACCAAAUGGAAAACAGAUGCUGUGGAGAAAGCCAAGUGGGAGAGAUACCUGCAUUGUGACGGCACCCCAGACCCUGCGGUGCAGCAGGAGGUCAACACAUAUAUCAGCUUAUGGAGAGAUGACCCAGAGGUCAACGUCACACUCGUUCUCAAACAAUGCAACAUCGCUCUACAGCUGGUGGAGGAGCUGGAGGGUCUGCUCAGAGAUGUUACAGAUCCACAAGAGGGCCACAAGUACCAGGAGGGGCUCAUACAUUUGCAGGAGCUAAUUCACAGUAAACAUCACCUCACCACUGAGGAGAUCCUCAAGAGGGCCAGUGUGAACAGCAACACUGAGACAGGCAACAUGCAGACUGUGGUCCAGGAUGACAACAUUACACUGUGUCUCUGGUGUAACCUCAAUACGAAAUCAAGGUUUGAAGGUUUGAUCUUUGAAGAGACAGGCCUUGGCUUUGAGCUUCCCAAACAGCUGGCUGUGAGCAAUAUUGCUGUCCGGAUCCUCCACACACGUUAUGACCAUCUGUCCUUGCUGGCCAGAAUGGCUCACCUGAGAAUAAACACACCCAGCUACAGGUCUCUUGCAGGCGGUGAGGAGGUUCCAGCAGACAUAGAUGUACCGGAGCAGGGGGAGACAAAACGAGAGGGCGAGGUGAUGGAAGAGAACGAGGUGCAGCAGAGAGUGGACGGGGAGGUGCAGUCCAUCCAAGGCUUUGAAGGGAGGAAAAGUGUAGCCAGCCUACAGUCGGGGAGAGACAGUGUCCAGCCUGCAGAAGGCAGAGGGAGCCAGAUACAGACACAGAUGGAGGCACUCGGUGCUGAGGGGGAAUUGACUUCUUCCCUCGUGCAGCUGACAGUGAUGGACCCCGGUGAGAGUGUCCAGGUGGUGGACUUAAAGCAGUACACUCCUCUGGGCGGGGUCUUCUACUAUGACGUGUUUCACCUCCCGCCACAAGCCCACCAGGUCAAUGGCUGGGAAAUUAGACAGCUGUUGGACAAAGGGCUGCAGGUGUUCCCCUACCCCAUGGAGAAGUCUAACUUUGAUGACAACGAAGUUCUUACCUGCUCUCUUGUUGGUGUGUCUGUGACACUGCCCGAAUCUGUCGUCUUCUUGGAAACUCCCCAAGUGGCUCGCUGGGAUACUGCAGUGAAGCAAUGGAGGAUGGACGGCAUCAUUGACAUGUCUUAUGAUGAGGCAGAGUCCAAAAUCUCAUUCAAGAUGGACUCCUUCCAGGCCUUUGUGCUGAUGCAGGACACAUAUGCCAACCUUCCCUUCCUGAGCUGGGAGCUCAGGCCGUUGGGCCAAGACUCGGCUCUCUUCACCGUCAACGGGGCACUCAGCGAGCUCAGUGUCAGGAUUCAGGGUAAUCAGUGUAUGCUGCAGUCAGAACAAGAGAGAGGUCUCUCUCACCUCACAGGGAAGUGGAUGAGUGGCCCCGCCCUGCAGAGAGCCAUGCUCAACGCAGGCGUCAACAUCUUUGUGAACGAGUACACGGACAAAUACGUCAGCAGCUGCGGCAAGGAUCCACUUACAGAACAUGCUGCCUACGAACAGAUGGCCCUCUUCGCCUCUGCCUGCGCUUUCUCGUGGAGCAAGUGGAAUGCUAAAUGUGGAGCAGAGCAUCUAAUCAUGCAGGUGUGUGAGCACCUCGGCUCUGACCCGGUGCCUAAGAGCUCGUGGAGUCUCUACCUGCUGGGCGCUCAGAGGAGUCAGAAGCUGGAAAUAACAGAGAAGAGUGAGGCUUUCUCUCCGGACCUAUAUCCCGGCAGUGAGUUUCACUCGACCUUUAUCCACAUGCUCCAGGACAACAUGAGCACUGAUGGCAGAGCCAGGGCCAGAGAAUCCAACUAUCUGUUCAUCGACACAGUACAGAGCCUGCUCUGUGCCACCAGACCGCUGAUGUAUUCGUAAACUGUGUGAACCUUAUAAACCUUAUAAAAACAAAUUAAAGACAUUUUAGAAUACCUGAAUUUGAAAUGUACAUCUGGAUGCACAUAAGAACACACAUCUUCUAUUGUAGAAUUUGCUACUUUAUUUGUGCAAAGUUUCACACAUCUUUGGAACAUACAAAAGAAUAUGAAGUUGAAAACGGUGACAAACACAGCAAGAACUUAAGAGGAAAAUAAAAUAAAAACCUUUGGUGUAAAGACUAACAAUGUAGAAUUAUAACUUAACAAAAAUAAACAGAUAUUCACAUAUCCCCACUCAAAACUAACAAACUCAUAAAUAUAGAUUUCAAACACUUAAAAACACUUAAACUGAAAGUGUUAUUACCAGUGCUUAGACUUAAAGGUUAUAAAAUGUCCUCUUCAAAA